GCCGAUUUCACUUUUCUUUGAUUGAAAUUAUCGUGAACUUUUGAAUGAAAAAGUGCAGUAGGCCUAUUAAAAGUUUAUGUGAUUCUUAAGUUUUUUUUGGAUCGAUGUUUUAAAAAGUAUUUGCCAUUGCGGAAACAUUUUUGCCUCUGCUAGUGGCUCGUGCAUCGCAAGGCAUUGGAUCGGCCGCCACCACCAUUGCAGGUAUGAGUCUUAUAGCGGAGAGUUAUACAGAAGAUAAUGAACGCAGUAGAGCUAUGGGGAUUGCGAUGGGAGGCUACGCACUUGGAAUUCUAGUUGGAUAUCCCUUUGGAGGUCUAUUGUACGCAGUAUCAGGAAAAACAGCUCCAUUUGUUGGAAUAUUUGUAUUCUGUCUUAUAAAUAUAGGUAUACAGUUUUGGUGUCUGGAUGACAUAGCAGAAAUUAACAAGGUACAAAUGAAGUCUGCAUCUCUUCAUAGGCUUUUACUCGAUCCGUAUAUUUUGUUAUGCGCAGGUUCAUUAAUGAUAACCAGUAUGUCAUUGGCAGUUUUGGAAUCUACAGUCCCUAUUUGGGUAAUGGACACCAUGGGCGCCCAGCAAUGGCAGCUAGGACUUAUAUUCAUACCGGACAGUGUUGGUUACCUGGUUGGAACAAAUUCAUUUCCAGUUAUUGCAAGAAAAUACGGACGCUGGAAGUUUACAUGUGGGUCAAUGUUUUUAAUUGGGAUCGGUAUGCUAGUGAUACCAUUUUGCAAAAGCAUGGGACAAUUGCUGGUACCUCAUCUUUCACUUGGCCUUGGUGUCGGUGUAACUGAUGCAGCAAUCAUGCCCCUUCUAGCGUUACUGAUAGAUCAGCGUCACGUGUCAACCUACGGAAGUGUUUAUGCCAUUGUUCAAUUAGCUGUAUGUCUUGCAUAUUCAUUAGGUCCGGCUGUAGCAGGUCAGAUAGUGAGACUGUUUGGCUUCAAAUGGUCUAUAUGGGGUAUGGCGAUACUAAAUCUUUUGUUUCUACCAUUGUGCGUAUUUUUAAAAUCUCCGCCAGUUGAAGAAGAUUCACAGUGUAUCCUACAGGAGAUUAAUAAAGGUGAAGAAACUACAAAUGAAGAUAAAAGAACAACGGCAAAAUAUCACUCAUUUUAUUCUGAAUGAACCAGGAUAGUAUCAAGAUAUUAUAUGAAUAACUUGUAAAGACGUUUGAUUUAAAGUGAAUAGUAAUCACAAUAGUGUUUUUAAUCUUAAGAUAGUUGGAUAAAUAAACAGUUAGAAAAAUAAACCGCAUAGAACAAAUUACAAAAUAUAAAAUCAGACAUAAUAAGGAACUUACCUAUAUGCUCACAGCGAAUUACGGAUAUGAGGAGCAUAUUUUGAAUGUCCCAGCGAGUUUACAGUAUAUAUGAUAACCCUUAUUAAUGAUGUGUUUCUAUUAAUGUACAAAACAAAAUGUCAAAUAAAACGCAAAAAAGUAAUACAGAAAAUAAAUAACUAGAUUUUACACGUUCCAUAACAACCACUUGUUUGGGUUAGGUAAGUUUAAGGUUAAAAGUCUAUUGAAUGAACAGCUGUGUGUGUCUUGAUUUUCAGUAAAUCGAUGGAUACCAGUGUGUGCAUUUUGAAAUAGAUAUUCUAAAAUGCGUAU